UUGGCGGCGGCGGCGGCGGAUGCUGCGGAGGCGGAGGGUCGUGCUCCGGUUGACGUCCUUCUUUCGGCUGCCGAUAAGUUUGCGCAGAAACAAAACUCGCAAGGCCGGUCGGUGGCCGCGUUUAGUCGCGUAGAACGUUACGAACGCGCUCGCGUUCGACCCGCGACAACGUAACCCCGUUAAGGUCAUUUCAUUCACGAGGCGCCACGGUCGUAUAGUGCGAGAGGUCCAUCUUCCUCCCUAUGAGUCAGCUUCGGGCCCUAGCGGCUGUGCUGAGGGGGGCCGGUGUCGGAGGGAGUCAGUGGCUGCCAUGGUGUGGAGGAGGUGGACCGGCCAGGCGCUGGGUUGAACCCAGGAGAGGUUGCUCCUCCGCGGCGACCCACGGCUCCAGCUACGUGGAGCAGAUGUACCUCGCCUGGCUGGAGGAUCAUAAAAGUGUCCACGAGUCUUGGGACACAUUCUUCCACAACAUCCAGGCCUCCAGUCCGUCUGGCGAGGCGGGUGAGAGACGCCCCUCCGCUCUGCUGCAGGGCCGAGCGCUGUCCCACUCCGCAGACACGACACGCAAAGUGGUGGAGGACCACCUGGCCGUGCACAGCCUCAUUAGAGCUUACCAGAUUCGCGGUCACCAUGUUGCCCAGUUAGACCCUCUGGGAAUCCUGGAGGCUGACCUGGACUCUUUUGUUCCCUCUGACCUGAUCACCACUAUCGAUAAAUUAGGGUUCUACGGUCUCAGUGCGUCUGACUUGGACAGAAGCUUUCAACUUCCCCCCACCACUUUCAUCGGAGGAGGAGACAACCCUCUUCCUCUUAAAGAGAUCGUACGCAGACUAGAGAUAUCCUACUGCGGUCACAUAGGAGUUGAAUUCAUGUUCAUUAACAAUGUGGACCAAUGUCAGUGGAUUCGUCAGAAAAUUGAGACCCCGGGAAUAAUGCAGUUCAGCAAUGCAGAGAAGAGGACUUUGCUAGCCCGCCUGAUCAGAUCCACGCGGUUUGAGGACUUCCUGGCCAGAAAGUGGUCAUCUGAGAAACGUUUUGGUUUGGAGGGCUGUGAGGUGCUCAUCCCUGCCCUUAAAACCAUGAUUGACACAUCGAGCGCUGCCGGAAUCGACAACGUGAUCAUGGGGAUGCCUCACCGAGGUCGACUGAAUGUUUUGGCCAACGUGAUCCGUAAGGACCUGGAUCAGAUCUUCUGUCAGUUUGACUCCAAGUUAGAGGCUGCUGAUGAGGGGUCGGGUGACGUUAAAUACCACCUCGGGCUGUACCACGAGAGGAUCAACCGUGAGACCGACAAGAACAUCACUCUGUCACUCAUGGCGAACCCCUCGCACCUGGAGGCAGUGGAUCCCGUGGUUCAGGGCAAGGCCAAAGCUGAGCAGUUCUACAGAGGAGACACUCAGGGCAAGAAGGUGAUGUGCAUCUCUAUUCAUGGCGACGCUGCUUUUGCUGGACAAGGAGUUGUGUAUGAGACUUUCCACCUGAGUGAGCUCCCCUCCUACACCACACAUGGUACAAUCCAUGUGGUGGUCAACAACCAGAUUGGCUUCACCACAGACCCUCGAGUGGCCCGCUCCUCGCCCUACCCCACCGACGUGGCCCGGGUUGUCAACGCGCCCAUCUUCCAUGUGAAUGCCGACGACCCCGAGGCCGUCAUGUACGUUUGUCGGUUGGCUGCAGAGUGGAGGAGCACCUUCAACAAGGACGUGGUCGUUGACCUGGUGUGUUACAGACGGUUCGGCCAUAACGAGAUGGACGAGCCCAUGUUUACCCAGCCGCUCAUGUACAAACAGAUCCGCCGGCAGCAGCGUGUUCUGAGAAAGUACUCCGACAGGCUCAUUGCGGAGGGAGUGGUGACACUGCAGGAAUUUGAGGAAGAAGUUGCCAAAUAUGACAAGAUAUGUGAGGAGGCGUACAAAAGCUCCAAGGAUGAAAAGAUCUCACAGAUUCGACACUGGCUUGACUCCCCGUGGCCAGAUUUCUUCACAGCUGAGGGAGAACCCAGGAGCAUGAACUGUGUCCCCACAGGACUGAAUGAGGAAGUCCUGCAGCACAUCGGCCAGGCAGCCAGCUCGGUGCCUCUGGAAGACUUUAAAGUCCAUCCUGGUGUGUCUCGCAUCCUGCGUGGCCGAGCUGAACUGGUGAAGAGUCGACAGAUGGACUGGGCUCUGGGAGAGUACAUGGCCUUCGGUUCCCUGCUCAAAGAUGGCGUUCAUGUACGACUCAGUGGUCAGGAUGUAGAGCGAGGCACCUUUAGUCACCGUCAUCACGUUCUGCAUGACCAAGGGGUGGACAAACGGAUGUGUGUUCCCAUGAAUCACCUGUGGGCCAACCAAGCUCCUUACACUGUCUGCAACAGCUCGCUGUCAGAGUACGGCGUGCUGGGUUUUGAGCUUGGCUUUGCCAUGGCGAGUCCAAAUGCUCUGAUCCUCUGGGAGGCCCAGUUUGGAGACUUUCACAACACAGCCCAGUGUAUCAUUGACCAGUUCAUCAGCCCGGGCCAGGCCAAGUGGGUCCGCCACAAUGGUAUAGUCCUCCUGCUGCCACAUGGUAUGGAAGGAAUGGGCCCAGAACAUUCAUCCGCCCGACCUGAACGUUUCCUACAGAUGAGCAAAGAUGAUCCCGAUCACUUCCCUGAGUUCAAUGGAGAUUUUGAGGUCCAGCAGCUGUAUGACUGUAACUGGAUUGUGGUGAACUGCUCAAAUCCUGCAAAUUACUGUCAUGUGCUCAGACGGCAGAUUCUUCUACCAUUCAGAAAACCGCUGAUCAUUUUUACUCCAAAGUCUCUGCUGAGGCAUCCGGAUGCAAGGUCCAGUUUUGACGAGCUUGCUGACGGCACUAAAUUCAAAAGGGUGAUUCCAGACGAGGGCCUCGCGACUCAAAACCCGGAUCAAGUGAAGAGGGUGAUUUUCUGCACCGGCAAAGUCUACUAUGAACUGGCUCGAGAGAGGAGACAGCACAAACUGGAGAGAGACAUUGCCAUCAUCAGACUUGAACAGAUCUCUCCUUUCCCGUUCGACCUGGUCAGAGCGGAGGUGGAGAAAUACACCAACGCUGAGCUGGUCUGGUGUCAGGAGGAGCACAAGAACAUGGGUUACUAUGAUUACGUCCGACCACGUUUACUCACUGUGGUGGCCGACAGAAAGCCAGUUUGGUAUGUGGGACGGGACCCUGCAGCUGCUCCUGCGACAGGCAGCAAGUUCACCCACCUCAAUGAGCUGAAGAGGUUCAUGGACACAGCGUUCGACCUGCGUGCCUUCCACGGGAAUGACGCGUAACUCAGAUCCGGAGCACGAAACAGACCGGAGGGGCACUUUGACCUCCAACCAUUACUAUCUAUUUAUUUUGUGUUUUUAGUAAAUAUAGUUUCAACAAGUAAUGAUUUUAUGUGAAAAAGACCAUUUAUUUAUGCCUGGAUCAGACGGCACAACAUUUAUGUUCAUUUAAAUGCUCUUUAUGUCAGAUUUAGGAAGCCAUCAUUGCUCAAACCGAUUAAUAAUAGCUCGCACUCUUUCGCGACCUGAAAGAACUACGAUAUGAAAAGCAUUGUGAAGCAGAACUAGAGGAGACAAACAAACGCACAAGUCUUCCCAGAGGCCUCGCUAGUGUCCCAACACAGUGACAGUGACUCUCAGUUUAGAAAAGGAACGCUCCCGCCUCAUCUGUGGGAUCAAGGACAUUUACAGGCCGAUUACAUGAGGUCUGAUCUGCCCUUUAUUCAAUAAUCACCACGUCUGCAGGGCCCUUGUAACAGACUUAGUACAAUGUGUGUGUGUGUGUGUGUGUGUGUGUGUGUGUGUGUGUGUGCGCCACAAAGUGUCGUCUAAAGAGAAAAAGACACAAAGACUAAACUGUGCCACAACACCUUCAUUUCGAAAUACAACUGAAUAUCACACAAACAGCAAAUCAAAGUUGCAUGAUUGUCACCCAGUUGGUGAAGUAGCAACAAUAGCCUCUUUCCACCCUGCAAAGUGUAGAUUUGUGACAAUUAGGGUUAUUGGAGGAGCUUUAGUGCUGUAGACACCUCCGUUGCUGUUGUGCUAAAUGCUAGUAUGCAAUAGUAGUUUGUAUUUGUGUAGCUCUUUGUAGAUGAGUACCAGAAGCAAUGAGAGCCACGCAAAACACCAACUGGUGUAAUUAAAGUAUCAAUGUAAGAUACAUAUCACUAGGUAUGAAGACUGUUUUGAAAUGUAUCACAUCAGUGGGUUUAGAGUGUAUUUACUCUGGCUACCUUAGCUGUAAGUGAAGGAGUGAGUAUUUAUCGUCACACCUCAGUUCACCAGGAGACGUGAGCCAGCUGGCGAAGCAACUUGCAGCCGCGUUUUCCAUUUGGGACAUAAGGCUCAGUUUCCUCUUUGGAGUGUGAGGAAUGCGCACACAUAGAUACAAGGACGCUCUGGAUGCUUUCAGAGCAACAUUGACGCUUGGUUGUCACAUUAAAAUCCCGAGGUAUAGAUAUUAGCACCACUGUGCUUAGAAAUCUUAUGCUUCCUGUUCAGCUUUACUGUAAUUUGCCUUUUUCACUUUUAGCUGUGAGAUUUAACCAUAAGCCACAGACUGAUGCAAUUUCACAUAUCUUAAUUAUUUUAGGGAAGAAUAAUGUGUUGGUUAUUUUUUAAGAAAAUAUGUCCACAUAUUGUUGUGAGCAGAGAUAUGCAAGUGAAGAGAUAUGCAAUGAAAUAUGCAAUAAAAUAUAUUUACUUUUAA